AUGUCCACCCCUAAGAGCGACAGCUUUGUGCAGCAGGAUAUCUCAACCUCUGACCUCGACGACGACCUGACGGAAGUGGACUCUUUGGUGCUAGAAAGUCCGGAACAACACAAGCUCCCGACCUGCCCGCAUCGUGACAUUUUGCAAGGAGAAAAGCCAGAUAUUUUACUCGUCCGCGAGUCCAUCCAAGCCAUCCUCCAGAACGUCGCCCUUUUCAUCACAGUCACCGUCGUGACGUUCCGGCUCAUCUUGGUCAUCCUCCGCCAUUUGGCAAGCCCGCAAAGAGCUGAGAGGAUCCCGUUACUUCGUCGACUCGCAACCACGGGCGGAUCGUGCGCUGGCAACCAAGCCAUUCCAUCACGACCAAGAGAAUCGAGACUCCGAGACGUCAACCUCCAAGGCCGGCCUCGGAUUAGCCGCCCUAUAGGGCCAGUCCUCCACAACGGCGUGCCCAUGAUCCAGACCGUGCCACAGCCGUCGAUCGCGGUCUCCCACAUGACCGCAUACCCCAGCUAUUCAGUCAACGGCGCCGAGCACGACGAAAACGUACCACCGGGAUCGGGGAAAUCCACGCCAAAGCCGCGACUACCGAAGUCACGCACUCUUAAUAUGUUGUCUAGCCUUACCCAAUCUUUCUCCCGUUCGUCAGUUGGAAGCAUCGCCAGUAACCGUAAUCUUAGUACUGGAUCUUCGAGCACCAUUACCACCGACCCCCUUUCCACCCACCCUCGUAUCGCCCAACCAUUCACGUCCCUGCAAAACCGAGAGCCAACCGAACCAGCCAAAAAGCUUGAGGCAAAAUCAGAGCAUCCCCCGCCCCAUCCCGACCCCCGCCUCAUCUACACGGCCCAGCCGUCGUCCUACUGGGCGGGCCGCUUCACCGCCAUCCACGACCGCCUACGCGGCGAGCUGCUGAAGCCGCACAACCUAGCCGUGGUCCUCGAAGCCCACAUCGAGGAACACACCAUGAUGCUCGCCCACGCCUCCGCAGCCACCAACCCAUCGGCCUCGGCCUACGCGCCCUCCAUGGUCCGGCGCCCCCGCCGCAACAGCAGCAGCGCACCCGACUCCCCAAACCCGCGCAUCCCCGUCUCCUCCACCAGCGGCGCCGUGUUGCAGACCGUCACCGCCGUGGCGGACAUGUCCCGACGACCGGGGCCCCAGCAGCAGCAGCAGCGCACGGCCGACGCGGCGAUGCUCGCCGACGAUGACAUGCGGCGGCGCCGGGCGCUGCUGAAGCUCGAGGGCCUGUGCGCGACGGCUGAGGCGCGUGCGAGCCUGCGCGCGUGGCAGCUGAGGCUCGCGAGGCUGGAGGGCCGGACCUCGCUGCUGCCGAGGGGCGCGAUGAUGGGCGGGGGAGGAGGAGGAGGGCCUGGGAGGGAGGUGUCUGCGGCGGGGAGCAGGGCGUCGGGGCUGGUGGGCAGGCUGUUGUUGUUUGGUGGGAGGAGGAGCCCUGGGCCGACGGUUGGGGCUGGGGGUUGACGAGUG